UGUCUGUCAUCCUGUACCCACAGUAGAGAGAGGGAGAGAAAGCGACGAAGAUGCCACCGAAGUCGAAGGCUUCCACUGCCGUCGGGCCAAGACGGAGGCCCGCCGUCAGAAAAUCCGCCGCCAUUACUUCCUCUGAAACCCCACCUUCCUCCACCACCACCACCACCACCACCACCACCAACACUGCGGCCGCCGCAACCCUAGAACCAUCCUCGUCGGGCAAAAGUGAAACCACCUUCAAUUCCUCCCCCAAAACCUCCACCAAAUAUGCUGAUAAUGUCUCAAGAACACUCCCAAAAACUACUCCUUUAACUUUCCCUAAAACAACCUCAAAAAUCGAAUCCGAAAUGGGAAUUGCCGAACGGACUCCUAAUAUUAGUGAAGAAGCUUCAGACCAAACUGCCCCAAUUGAAACAGUACCUGAGAAGGCUUCAUCAACAGCACCUGAAACUGCCGUGGCUAAUACUAUGAUUGAGAAUGGUGGUGGAAUAGGUCAAGAAGAUGCCACAAAGGCGCCGGCGAAAACGGUGGUGAAGAAGACGGUGAGGAUUGUGAAGAAGAUUGUGAAGAGGAAAGUGCCUAAGAGAGUGCAAACGGGUUUGGUUGUUUCUUCGAAUGAAGAAUCGGCGGAGAAACGGGGUACGGGGAAUGAUGGUGAGAACCCUAAAUUUGGUGUGUUGGGUUCAUUAGAAGUUGAAAGUGCUGACCCUAAUCAAUCAGUUCCAGUGGAAGUAAAAAAUUGUAAUCUUGACUCUAAUGCUUUUGCUUCAAAGGAAGUUGAAAAUCCCCAUUUUUUUGAUGUUGCUGUGGAUGCUGAAAACCCUAAUUGUAACCCUAGUGCUUCAAUGGAAGUUGAAAACCCGAAGGAGCCUGGGGCUUGCAAUGAAGAAAAGGAUGCUUCUUUGACAGAAAUUUUGUCUGAAGCUUGUGUUUCGGAUUCUGUUGAAACUAAGAACAAUAUUAAUGGAACUGAAACGGCUGUUUCUUUUAUUAAAACUCAGUUAGAUGAUGAAAAUGUGGAUUUGAUCCAAAACGAGAACUAUGAAUGUGAAACUAAAAAUAUAGAUUUUGGAGGUGGUGAGUGCAAGGAGGGAGAGAAGGAAGAGGUGGAGAACUGUGAAGUUGGUGAUUUGAGAGGGGAAGUUGGGAUGGCUAAUGGAGUAUUAUUGAGCGGGGAAAUGGAGGCUUUGGAGCGUAAAAGGCGGCGGAAAACUGAGAUAUUCAUUGGUGGGUUGGACAAGGAUACAAAGGAAGAAGAUAUCAGGAAAGUUUUUGAAGAGGUGGGUGAGAUUGUGGAGGUGAGGGUGAUGAUGAAGGGUAGAAAGGGCAAGAAUGGGUUUGCAUUUGUGCGUUUUGCUUCUGCUGCUGAUGCUAAGAAUGCUUUAGCAAAAUAUCCCAAAGUUGAGAUAUGCGGAAAGCAGUGUGGUGUAGCAUUUGUUGAGGGAAAUGACACAAUUUUUCUUGGCAAUCUUGACAAGAAGUGGAAGAGUGAAGAUGUCCUUAAACUGUUGCAGGAGAUUGGGAUUGAAAAAAUAGACAAAGUUGCAGUUAUGGCUGAUCCAACUAACAUCGAGUGUAAUCGUGGGUUUGCGUUUCUUGAACUUGAAACUAAGAAAGAUGCUCAAAAAGCUUACAAGAAACUUCAAAAUAAGGAUGUAUUUGGGAAGCAUGGGAAGAUAAAAGUCGCUUGGGCUGAACCCUUGAAGGAGCCAGAUGAAGAAGAAAUGCUUAAGGUGAAAUCGGUUUAUGCUGAAUAUAUACCUUCCUUGUGGGAUGAAGAGAGAGUGAGAGACCAUUUCAAAAAGUUUGGUGAAAUUGAAAAUGUUGCUCUUGCUCGAAAUCUCCGUUCAUCUAAAAGAAAAGACUUCGCAUUUGUUAAUUAUACAACACGUGAGGCUGCUCUUGCUUGUAUCGAGGCAUUCAAUCAUGUGUCAUUGAAUGAUGAUGAUUCCAAGGUGAAGGUAUCUCUAGCGAAACCAAUACCAAAGGGCAAGCAAAUCAAACAGGUCUCAAAUCCUAUUAGUAAGGAAUCUUCCAUAGUGAAGCGCAAGGCAGCCCAACCUGUCAUAAAGUCACAUGAACGUAGAGAUAAGGGAAAACUUUUCAGCAGUUAUCAUGCAGAUGUUGGAGUGUAUAGAUCCUCAACAAAUACUGAACUUGUACAACUCUUAAGGGAACAAGCAUCAUGGAAACAGCCACGAACAGGAUUAGGCAUGAGUUCUCGUGAUCUGGAUUAUCCUUGCUCCUCACCUGGGAAGAAGCGCCCAUAUACUGCAGUGGUUGAUGAUCCAAUUCAUUCAGAUUUCAGAAACCAUUCUCGUGCACGCUUUGAAAGUUCUUUUCCAGUUGCAAGUCCAAGUGGAUUAUCCCAAGGAGUUGGUAUGACAUCUUUACCCUAUUACCAUCGACAAGGUUCUGGUUAUGCAACAGGAUCGCUUUAUGGGGUUGAAGAUUAUCCUAAUAGUUUCCUGGGAAGAGGAGCCGCCCCUUACCUUGGCAGCAGUGGUUCAUACCCUAGAUAUUGAUGGAGUUUAUUCGCGAGUGAAGGAUGCUGAUAAAGUGUUGCAUCCUGUGAUUGUUCCUUACCUUCGGCAAUCAACUUGGUGAACCGACGUUACAUUUUGUAAUGCAUUUUAGCGCCUAGAGUUGGCUUUCUUAUCUGCUUAAAUUAUGUUUAGUUAUACCAAUUAAUGUCUGUUAUGUACCUUUUCCUGCAAAUGAAUUUGGUCCUCUUUCAUCA